UCAAGUGUGCAAAGCUAUGACUGCUUUCGUCAAUUGAAACAAUAAAAUCUAGUUGAAGGUCCUGGGUCAUCUUAGUUUCUGAGCACUUUUGGUACUGCCUUGAUUAAAAUAUGAGUUUAAUUUCUCAUUACAGGGUGAGGUUAUAGUAAAUGGAAUUCUUGUCAAUCUUGUCACUUGAAUGUAAUCCCAAAGAUAGUGCCUAACGCCGAUUCUAGAAUUGAAUUCUUUCAUAAUUGACGUGAUUUCUCUGGAAGGUGAUCAGCUACAAGCAGUCGCAGGAGCUGAGCAGCUUUUAUUGCUAGCUUUUGAAUUCUGGCAAAAUAUAUACAAAUAUUAAAGAAAAUGUUGGUUACAUUGCUGCAGAGUCGAUAGUCAAGUGAGUUCUUAUACAGUGGCGAUGACGAAUGACACGGGCAGUACUCUAUAUUGCAAUGAUGAAUUGGUUCUGCCUGAAAAGAUUACAAAAGAUUUUGUUCUCUCCAUUGGCUCUGCAUCGUAUUUUACAAUACCGAUUUCGGCUGUUGCCAUAAUUGGUAAUGGCUUCGUUAUUGCUGCAAUUAAGAAGGACAAGAGUCUCAAAUCAAAGCAAAACCUCUUAAUAGCAUUUCUUGCUUUUGCCGAUCUAUUAACAGGGAUAGUAUCGAUGCCACUGCAAGAAGCGUACGAUAUCUAUCUCAUCAAGCAAGGAUAUGUUCCAUGUAACUUAUCACUUGCAGCUGUUAUUACCAACUCUCUGCUCGCUGCUAUGUCGGCAGUUACAAUUGCAUUGAUGAGCUGCGACCGUUUCCUUGCGUUUUGCUAUGUGACCAAGUAUCGAGCCUGGUCAUUGAAGGGACUGUAUACAAUCAUCUAUAUAGCAUCUUGGCUCUUCAGUAUCGUUUUCAUUGUACUUUUCAUCCUUGUUCCUCAUUCUAAUGUCCUGCGAAUGAUUGGCACAAUUUUCAUUUCACUGGUGCUCUGCUUGAUUUGCCUGCUAAACAUAAUUCUGUUCAUGUCCUUAAAGGUAAACAUCAGAAUUAUGUCCCGUGUAAUGAUACAAGAUGCUGUCAACAAAAGAAGGAGGCUCUUACGGCAAUCAGCAAUCACUUUGGUCGUAAUAGUUUUGGUUUUUAUUCUUUGUUUUCUACCAAGAGCCGUGUUUCUUGCUGUUGCAUCAAGUAAAAAUCACAAGGCACAUCUCUGGACAUUGAAUGUACUCUACCUUAAUAGCGCAUUGAAUCCACUUAUCUAUGGCUUUCGCAGCCGAGCAAUAUUUGAUGCUAUUGCUAAAAUUCUACGAUUAUGUAAAUUAAGAUGAAAAUGAACAUUUCGUUGUAGAUAAGGAUCAUUUAAUACUUCCAAGAAAAAUGGCAAUUGUUUGAAGAUAGUCUCAAACUUUAGGAAACGAGGAUUAAAAAGUAGUUUGCAUGAGCCAAAGGACCUAAGAUUGAUUAUCUAUGAGUAGGUGCUU